AUGUAUCCGCCAUCCGACCAGGACAACAAACACACCGAGAUUGUCGGUUCGGAUUUCCUGUCGAAAGGCACCGCGGUAGCUGUCGUCGUCCCUUUAAUGGCAAUGUUGGCACUUCUGACACUUGCCCUUGCCGCGAUUCACAUUUGCCGGCGGAUUUGCGCACGCUUGGAGCGAAAUGACGAUGAUUGCACGACGGUACUUGAGGAUCCACCAAUCGCUCGCCCAAUCACCCCGUCCGCCGAGAGUUUUCGCCGUAAUUCCGCACAGGCGCAAUACCGAGUGCUGAUCCAGUCGAAAUUCGAGCGGGAAUUCGGCUGCCCCACCGCACAUUCAAUGUUCAUGAUU